GUAAUGUAUUUUAUAUUUAAACAUUGAUUUAUAAAAAGUGUUUUUAUGGUAUACAAAUUUUUUAAAUAAAUAUUGUAAUUUGACUAGCUGUAAAAAAUAUGAAAAUAUUGUGCUGACUAAUAUUUGUUACGUAUUAUCAUUUACAAAUAAAGCACUAUGGCAUCAUUUUUAAAUCAUAGAAAUGAUAGUUCCGUUUAUAUAGAAGAAGCUAUAACCAAGGAUAAUGUAACCUAUUAUAAAAUUAUUGUUAAAGUCGGUUUUGCGCAGUGGGACGUAUGGCAUCGCUACAGUGAUUUUGUAGAACUUCACGACAAACUCAUCCGCGAUUAUGGCAUUGAACGGGAUCUACUUCCGCCUAAGAAGGUCAUUCGUAACAAAACACCAAAAUUUAUUGAACACAGACGAGAAGCCCUCAAUGAGUACCUCAAAAAUGUAUUUAACUUUUUGAAUUUGACCAUGCCUUCAGAAUUUGCUCAUUUCCUGGACUUCCAUUUAUAUGAUAUAUUCUUUUUGCUACAAGAUUUGGCCAAGAAACUGUUUUUAGAAGGUGAUAAAAUGUUACAGAGUGAGAAAUCCCAUAAAUUCACACCAUUAGAGCUCCAUGCAAUCAGUGAAAGAUUUAAAAUAGCUUGUCCACCAACGGAAAAACUGGAUCAAAUGUAUGACUUCAGUCAUAUUUUGGAUUUUUGUUCCCAAAUAACAUCAUUGAGUAUAGAGGGCAGUUAUCAAACUCUUGGCACCAGUAAUAUUGUGCCAAAUGAUUUAAAGUUUGAUCUUAUACCCUUUAAGUCUUUGAUGGAUUUAAAAAUUCUUGGUGUGCCUAUGGCCUGUAUACAAAGUGUUGGGAGUUUACGAGCAUCAUUGUGUACAUUAUCAGUAUUAACUGCUACAGUUGUAUCUCUUAAUGAAUUUCUACUAGUUGAUGUUCUACAUAAGGACCCAUCAAGUAUUACAGAUUCUAUGAUAUGGAAAAAAUUGACAAUCAUUAAUUUCUCAAGCAACAACAUAAACAAAGUUGACUGGGCUAUCCGUCUUGUACCAAAGUUGCAACACCUCAACCUAUCAUCAAACAAGUUGACAGAACUGUGUGAUAUAUCUUGCCUCCAUGAUCUCCAGGUAUUAAAUUUAUCAAUGAAUAAUUUCAGUACUUGCGAUAAUUGGCAUGCUAAAAUUGGUAACAUUGUAAAAAUUGAUUUGUCACAGAAUAAGGUUCAAUCACUACAGGGUUUCUCUAGAUUGUAUUCAUUGGAAAGUUUAGAUUUAAGCUGUAAUGUAAUCACAGAUGUUGAAGAGGUCCAGCAUAUAUGCAAAUUGCCUUGUUUAGAAUAUCUAUGGUUGACAGCUAAUCCUGUAGCCACAACCAUAGAUUAUAGAGUGAAGGUCAUGGAGCAAUUUAAUGCCAGAAUGUCAGAGCUUUGCUUAGAUAAUGAAAAAGCGUCCGAAAAAGAAUUGGAUACCGCAAGAGUUUUGCAAGCAUUAAGAGUAGUAAAGGAGGGUAAAACUCCAAGUUUCUUGCAAAAUAAUCAUACAAGUCAUAGUUUUCAUAGAAGUUGACAAUUUAUGUUUUUAUUAGUUAAUUCUAUUUAUAAAUAAAACCUUAAUAAUGUAUUUGAUACUUUAUAAAAGCAGUAUUUAGAAAAGCAUUCCUUUUUUGACAUGGUUUUUAUUUGCAUAGCAUAAUGCAAUUAAUUAUUGUUGAAAAUAUACACAAUUUCUGUCUAAAGACUUCUAUUUACCCUGUAAAAGUGUGGGAAAACUAAAGCUACGCAUAUGUAUUUUUAUAUAUAAUCUGAAAAUAAUAAGUUGUUAUCCAUCAAGAAAUUACGCCAAAAUCGUAACACUUGUAUUUUCAACUUCAGAUCAAUCAUGAAUUAAAGUUUAGCGUUCUUUAUCGUUUCUCAAAGACAAACAUCGUUUGUCUAAAGAUUUUGAGGUCUUCAUUGAAAGUACGUAAAACGAUGGCGAUGGUAUAUACAUUUUGCGAGCCUUAAUAGGAAUAGGUAAUCAUGACCCAGAGUCAAAAUGUAUUUACAUUUAAGGCAAUUUUAUAAACUAUUAAUUUUGUGAUACAAUGCAACUCCUUGUCCUCUAUUGAGUUUUAAUAUAAAUAUAACUGUCUAAAGUUACUAAUGUUGACUAAUAUUAUAGAUUACUUAUGAUUUAGAUAAAUAACCUUUUUUAGACCGGUUUUGUCAAACAAAAACCAGUCGCAAAGUUGAUGUUUAUUUGAGCCUAUAGAGUUAUAGUGAAAAUAUGAUAUUUUAAUGUUUAAGUUAUAUUAUAAAGAGCAAAUGUACAGUAGCUAUGUUUAACCAAAUUGUUUCUGGAACUUUAAUCAGACAACAAGAAUGUAAUUGAAGAACAAUUAUUGACAUUAUAAGAAUAAAGAAUAAGAAGUAUAUUUUAAGGAAAUAAGUUUUUACGUUACAAUUUGUAUCGAAUUCUAAGUUUAUGUUUUAUUAGAGUUACGCCCGUCUGUAGACAGCUUUAUCAAUUAAGUAAUCAGAAAACAGGCCCUUUUUCUUUUAAGAACUUUUUAUUAUACACUUGGACUUUAUUGUACCUAAAAAAAUUAACUGAAAACGGGGUUAUGUUAAACGGAAACCUUUUUGGUUAGGCCAUUUUUUACAUUCGCCAGUGUGUUUUUGAGUUUACACCAAAUGGUGUUAGCUAUCGUUUUUUAAUAGUAUUAUACUUGUGAUUUUAUUGUAAAACAUAUGAUAUGCGUUUUAAUAAAUAUAUUUACGUUA